UUUCCAAUGCCGUGUUCUAUCGGACAUGUGCACAGCGAAACAAAAAAAGGGUGACAUGUAGACUUACGUACAUAGAUAUGUACAUACUCCUUGCGUAUCCUUGAAAAAUGGGGGUUUAGAAUCAGCUGUAAAAUGCGAAUCGUGGAGUAAAGCGCACGAAGACAAACUUCUCGCAGUAAUUUUUAGACAAUGAAACGUAUCAGAGCUUGCAUAAUUUUUCACCUAGUGAUAGCUGGUGUUGUCGAAUCAACUGCUCAAAUUGUUAAGCGCCAUAAUGUAUUGUUGUUGGUGCUGGAUGAUUUUCGACCGGCAAUUCGUGAAUUCGGGGAUGAGAAGGCAAUAACGCCAAAUAUUGACUCGUUGGCAAAAAAUGGUUACAUAUUCACUAAUGUGUUUGCACAGCAAUCAAUUUGUGCACCGAGUAGAAAUUCUUUCCUCACUGGGCGAAGACCAGAUACGACAAAAUUGUAUGAUUUUUAUAGUUACUGGAGGGAAGCUGUCGGAAACUUCACUACCAUUCCUCAAUACUUCAAAGAAAAUGGUUACCGCACUCAAUCCAUAGGAAAAAUUUUCCAUCCAGGAGUAUCGUCAAAUUACUCAGAUGAUUUUCCGUUGAGUUGGAAUGAGGUUCCUUAUCAUCCGCCGACUGAAGAAUUUAUGAAUAAACCAACAUGUAUCGAUAAAUCGUCCGGAAAUCUUAGAAAAAAUCUACUCUGUCCAGUUGUGCUAAAAUUACAACCUGAUGAAACAUUGCCGGAUAUUCAAAGCACGCAAGAAGCGAAACGAUUCCUAACGGAACACCGCAAUACCAGUACACCAUUCUUUUUAGCUGUUGGAUACCAUAAACCUCACAUUCCGUUUAAGCUUCCCUUGAAGUACUUAGAUCUACAUGACGUUAGAAAAUUUAAAACCUACGAUCUCGACUACCCUCCAAAUGGUUUGCCAUUCGUGGCGUGGAGCUCCUAUUUGGAUAUUAGAAGUCGGGACGAUAUGAAAGCAUUGAACAUCAGCUUCCCAUUUGGACCGAUUCGGGAAUCCGUUAAAAUGAAGAUACGUCAGCAUUAUUACGCUGCUGUAAGUUAUGUGGAUGAUCUCAUUGGUGAAGUACUGAAGGAUGUAGAUUUGGAUAACACGAUUGUUCUCCUAACUUCGGAUCACGGUUGGUCAUUAGGUGAACAUGCCGAGUGGUCCAAGUUUAGUAACUACGACGUAGCUCUGAAUGUUCCGUUAAUUGUCCAUAGUCCAGAUAUUCAGACUAAACCAGACAACAAGAUAGAUGGAAUAGUUGAAUUAUUAGAUCUAUUUCCAACAAUGGUCGACUUGGCUGGAUUGCCCCCUAUUGAAAGCUGCGGAAUGAACGUUAAUUUGGAAACAUGCGUGGAAGGAAAAUCCUUACUUCCCUACAUUGCUGGUGCACCCAUGGAUGAUUCGAUGGAGGAGGCUUUUAGUCAAUAUCCCCGUCCAGGGGUUUAUCCAUCUGUUUAUCCCAACAGUGACAAACCAAAGUUGUAUCAAAUAAAAAUAAUGGGAUACAGCAUUCGCAACAGGCGCUUCCGCUAUACUGCAUGGGUUCGUUUUGAUCCAGUCACGUUUGCGAAAGACUGGACAAAAAUCUACGGUGAAGAAUUGUACGAUCACAGUAUCGAUCCCCAGGAAAACGUGAAUCUUUCAAAUCGACCGCAACUGCUACAAGUGAAAGCGUUUCUGAUGUCUCGGCUGCAAACAAAAUUCAACUGAUAUAAAUACUCAAAGCACUAUGUACUACUAAUUGUGAAAAAUACAAGUUCAAUAAAUCUACAAAUUUGCGUUAGACA